AAGAUCAUGACCAAGAGUGAGCCAGAGGAGGAAUCUCCCCAUACAGUGAAGAUCGAAAGACUCAGCAAUGUUGAUGAUUGCUCCUCUAUUUGUGGGGAAUGGGGUGAAAGUGAGAGCCAAGUAAAAAGUGAGGAAAUAAAACAGGAGAGUAAUAUGAGAAAAAUGACCACACGCCAGAAGAUUCAAACUAGAGACAACUGUUAUAAAUAUAAGGAAUGUGGUAAAGUCUUCCCUCCACAUUCAAACUUUUCUGAACAUCAGAAAGUCCAGGCUCUUGAGAAGACUUAUAAAUGUAACCAAUGUGGGCAAACAUUCACUCACAAGUCGAGACUUAUUCGACACCAGAGAAUUCAUGCUAGAAAGAAGUGCCAUAAAGGUAAUGACUGUGAAAAAGCCUUCAGUCAGACCUUAACCCGAGCUUCACAUCAGAUGAUUCAUACUGAAGAGAAACCAUAUAAAUGUAAUGAAUGUGGGAGAUCCUGUCCCAAAAACUCAAUUCUUAUUAGGCACCAGAGAAUUCAUACUGGAGAGAAGCCUUAUAAAUGUAAGGAGUGUGGGAAAGCCUUCACUGAGGUUUCAAAACUUAAUAUACAUCAGAGGAUUCAUACUGGAGAGAAGCCUUAUGAAUGUAAUGAUUGUGGGAAGGCCUUCAAUAGAAGUUCAUCCCUUGUUAGGCAUCAGAAAAUUCAUACUGGAGAGAAGCCGUACAAAUGUGACAAGUGUGAAAAAGCCUUUACUGAGAGCUCAAACCUUAUUUUACAUCAGAUGGUUCAUACUGGAGAGAAGCCUUAUACAUGUAAUCAGUGUGGGGAAGCCUACACUAAAAACUCAAACCUUGUUAGGCACAAGAGAAUUCAUACUGGAGAGAAGCCUUAUAAAUGUGAGGAGUGUGGGAAAGCUUUCACUGAGAUGUCAAAACUUACAACACAUCAGAAGAUUCAUAGUGGAGAGAAACCUUAUAUAUGUAAUAAAUGUGGGAAAGCCUUCACUGGAAAUUCAAACCUUUCGAAACACCAGAAAAUCCAUUCUGGAGAGAAGCCUUAUAAAUGUGCUGAGUGUGGGAAAGCCUUCAGUCAGAGCUCAGUGCUUUAUAGGCAUAUGUUGAUUCAUACUGGAGAGAAGCCUUAUAAAUGUAAUGAAUGUGGGAAAGCAUUUACUCAAUACUCAACCCUUUUCAAACAUGAGAGAAUUCAUACUGGAGAGAAGCCUUAUAAAUGUAAUGAAUGUGGGAAAGCCUACACUCGAAACUCAACCCUUUUCACUCACCAGAGGAUUCAUACUGGAGAGAAGCCUUAUAAAUGUGAAGAGUGUGGGAAAUCCUUCAAUGAGAGCUCUACUCUUACUGUACAUCAGAUGAUUCAUACUGGGGAGAAGCCUUAUACGUGCAAAGAAUGUGGGCUAUCCUUCACUAAAAACUCAUUCCUUGUCAGGCACCAGAGAAUUCAUACUGGAGAGAAGCCUUAUAAAUGUGAGGAGUGUGGGAAAGCCUUCACUGAGAUGUCAAAACUUAAAAUGCACCAGAAGAUUCAUAGUGGAGAAAAACCUUAUAAAUGCAAUAAAUGUGGGAAAGCCUUCACUGAGAACUCACGCCUUUUGAAACACCAGAGGAUUCAUACUGGAGAGAAGCCUUAUAAAUGUAAUGAGUGUGGGAAAGCCUUCAGUCAGAGCUCCAUGCUUAUUAGGCAUAUGAUGACUCAUACUGGAGAGAAGCCUUACAAAUGUAGUGAAUGUGGGAAAUCCUUCACUCAAAAGUCAAGCCUUUUUAUCCACCAGAGAAUUCAUACUGGAGAGAAUCCUUAUAAGUGUAAGGAAUGUGGGAAAGCCUUCCGUAGAACCUCAGCACUUAAUAAACACAAGAGAAUUCAUACUGAAGACAAGCUUUAUAAAUGUCAAGAAAACAUAAAGGGAUUGAAUGAUGUGACAAAAAUGACCAAAGACAAGAAGGUUCGAACUAGAGGUAAAAUUGUUAACUCUAAGGAAUGUGAGAAAGCCUUCCCUCAGAAUCCAAACUCUUCUAAACAUCAGGAAAUCCAUGCUAUUCGGAAGGCAUAUAUGUGUAGUGCAUGUGAUUUGAUAUUCGCAGACAACUUAAGACUUAUUCAACAUCAGAAGACUCAUGCUGGAAAGAAGCGUUAUAAAUGUGAGGAAUGUGGGAAAGCCUUCUUAGAGAUUUCAAAACUUCAUAUACAUCAGAAGAUUCAUACUGGAGAGAAGCCUUAUAAAUGUAAUGAGUGUGGGAAAACUUUCACUCAAAAUGCAACCCUUUUCAAACACCAGAGGAUUCAUACUGGAGAGAAACCAUAUAAAUGUAAUGAGUGUGGGAAAGCCUUCACUCAAAAGUCAACCCUAUCCAACCACCAGAGAACUCAUACUGGAGAGAAGCCUUAUAAAUGUGAUGAGUGUGGGAUAGCCUUCAGUCAGAGGUCAACCCGUAUUAAACACCAGAGGAUUCAUACUGGAGAGAAACCUUAUAAAUGUAAUACAUGUGGGAAAGCUUUUGUAGAGAGGUCAAACCUAAUUCAACAUCAGAAAAUUCAUACUGGGGAGAAGCCUUAUAAAUGUAAUACUUGUGGGAAAGCCUUCAAUCAAAACUCAACCCUUUUCAAUCACCAGAGAACUCACACUGGAGAGAAGCGGUAUAAAUGUGAGCAAUGUGGAAAAGCCUUCAGUCAGAGCUCAACCCUUAUUUCCCAUCAGAUGAUUCAUACUGGAGAAAAGCCUUAUACAUGUAGUGAAUGUGGGAAAGCCUUUCGUAAAAACUCAACAUUAAAUGAGCACCAGAAAAUUCAUACUGAAGAGAAACCUUGUAAAAAUGAGAAAUGUGAGAAAGUCUGCAGUCCAAGCUCAACUCAACUUGUGUCACAUAAGAAAUCUCAUAAUAGAAAGAAGCCUUAUAAGUGUGGUUACUGUGGGAAAGCCUUUCCUAAAAACUCAAUACUUGUUAAACACCAGAGGAUUCAUACUGGAGAGAAGCCUUAUGAAUGUAAUAAAUGUGAGAAAGCCUUCACUCAGAGCUCCACCCUUAUUAAACAUCAGAGAGUUCAUACUGAAGAGAGGCCUUAUCAGUGUAAUGAAUGUGAGAAGGCUUUCAACCAAAAAUCUAACCUGGUUCGACAUCAGAGGACACAUACUGGAGAGAAGCCUUACAAAUGCCGUGAAUGUGGGAAAGCCUUUAUGAGAAAGGUCCUACUGAUCUUACACAAAAGGAAGCAUAAUGGAGACAAUGUGGAAAAGUAAAGGGUGUGAACAAGCACCCACUGAACAAUUAAGCCUAUUGUACAUCAAGAGAUUCACACUGGAUAGAGACCUUAUCAGUAUAAUGAGAGCCUCCAUUCUGAGCUCAGCUUUUAAGGACAUUAUAUAAUUCAUACUGGAGAGAAGAAAGCUUUAGAACUACAAGAAGUAUGGGAACACCUUCUUGGGCUUUUAAAUAGGAGAGGAUUCUUCUUGGAAAAUAGCCCACCCCUCUUUUUUUUAAAAUGAAAUGUGUUUGGGGAAAGCCUCUUAUGGCAGAUAUAUCAGAAAUGGAAGAAUGCAAAAUCAUUUGUUGCUUACAGUGAUCAAUUACCGGACUAAGUCUUGGAUAUCUAAGUAGUAAGAAAAGAUAGUCCAAUUAGAACUGAGUCAAAGUGUUAUGGGGGAGAAGAUUUAACUGUAGGUCUUAUGACAAAAGUUUCACAAUCACCUACUAGGGAUGCUAGGCAUAGAUGGAAGGCAUUCUUGGUCAGGAACUAUUUGGAAUAAAUGUCUCAGAGGUAUCUCCUAUCCAGCUGUGUCUUUCAAUGUCCCCUAACUUUUCCCAGAAAUAGCAUCUUACCUUUUUAAUACCAGUAGUCUGUUAGUGUUGUAUGGUCAUGAAAUUUGGAACACUAUAGUUUCCAAAGAAUUACAAAUGGAUAUUACUUAGAAGAAAAAGGAGAGUAGUGUGUUGUGUAGGAGCAGGUAAAUAAGAACAGUCAGUCUUGAAACACAGAUGGAUUCUUUGCAUUCUUUUAUGCAGAGGUGACUGUGGAUUCCCUCAGAACUCUGUCAUCACACAUCACCCAGGGAAUCUGAUGACCCAGAGGGCAUGGGAGUAGUGAUUUUUUGUUAUGAUGAUCUUAAAUGAAGAGUAGAGCUGCUACUGCAUAGAGUG